AGCUCUAGUCCCAGCUGAGCUGGUUCUCUUUUCCCUUUUUCACACUCUGUAAACACCAGUUAGAAUGAAUCUGUAAGGGGAGAGGCUCCCCUAGACUACACAGUAACACAUGCAGAAGCACUCCACAGAACACACCAGUGAAGCUUGAGCCAACAGGAAGGCCUCACAAGCCCUCUGCACUCACAACAGGAUGGAGAGAAAGGCAUGGUACAUGCAGAAGAAGGAUACAGAGUCUAUUACUAUUAUUUUUUAAUAUAAUUUAUCAUCAAAUUGGUUUCCAUACAAAACCCAAUGCUUAUCCCAACAGGUGCCCUCCUCAUUGCUUAUCACCCACUUUCCUCUCCUCCCCGCUCCCCAUCAACACUCAUUUCUCUGUAUUUAAGAGUCUCUUAUGGUUUGCCUCCCUCCCUCUCUGUUUGUAACUUUUUUUGCCCCCUUUCCUUCCCCCAUGGCCUUCUGUUAAGUUUCUCAAAGUCCACAAAUGAGUGAAAACAUAUGAUACCUGUCUUUCUCUGACUGACUUACUUCACUUACCACAAUACCCUCCAGUUCCAUCCAUGUUGCUGCAAAUGGCCAGAUUUCAUUCUUUCUCAAUGCCAAAUAGUAUUCCAUUGUAUAUAUAAACCACAUCUUUAUCCAUUCAUCAGUUGAUGGACAUUUAGGCUCUUUCCAUAAUUUGACUAUUGUUGAAAGUGCUGCUGUAAACAUUGGAGUACAUGUGCCCCUAUGCUUCAGCACUCCUCUAUCCCUUGGGUAAAUUCCUAGCAGUGCUAUUGCUGGGUCAUAGGGUAGUUCUAUUUUUAAUUUUUUGAGGAACCUCCACACUGUUUUCCAGAGCGGCUGCACCAGUUUGUAUUCCCACCAGCAGUGCAAGAGGGUUCCCGUUUCUCCACAUCCUCGCCAGCAUCUUUGGUCUCCUGAUUUGUUCGUUUUAGCCAUACAGAGUCUAUUCUGGAAGAAAAGCUAAUUUCCCUUCAAAAUGGGAGCAGAUUCCUGAGUAAGCUAUUAAGGAGUAAGCUAUUAAGAACCUGAGUUUCAUAAAACACAGACUCAGAAAUGAUACAAUAAAAUAACAGAAUGAAAAAAAAAAUAACAGAAUGAGGUGAAAAGGGAAGAAUACAGGGCCAGGGAGUCACAUGGGGAGCCAAUCUGCAGAACAAAUAAAUUCGAAGUAACUAGGAACUGAACAGUCAUGGCUGGAAGAUGAACUUACUGAGAGUACAAAGCUUGAGAUAUUCACAGUGAAUGCCGAAGAAGAGGAAAGAAAGAAGCAGUUAGGUAAAAAUGAUAGGGGGAGGAUUGGACUUUCUGGAGGUGGAGCUGAGAUAAAAGGAGUAUGGGCCUUCUGUUUUUUGUUCAGGUUCCUCUUGGAAUCAUGUUUUUGGUUGCAGAGGAUUGACGAUUUUAGAUAACACUCAUUUGAAAAUAUGUAAACGCUGACAAAUUGGUGAAAACAAAUGUUCAUGUUCUUUUUAGAAGAAUAUCAGUGAGAUGAAAGUUAUAUUUUUAGCCUGAGAGACCAGGAAAAUUCCCCUUUGAAGCAUUUUGUUUCCUGGCAUUGUUACUGAAAACUCCCCUCCCCACAACAUGAUUUUCUGUGCUCUGCUGGAACUGGUCUUUUGCUAAAUGUAAAUACUGACCUGCUGAUCUUAGAGCAAGCACUUUGCUGCUUUCCUACCACCAGAAACCAUUUUGUAGGGCAGGUUUUAUGGAGAAAAAAAUUUUUGUGUGUAGUGUUAGACAUCUGUGGUUAAUCAUUUACCUUUUCUACAUUUUAAAAAAUCUCUUAAGUAAGUCUGGGUAAUAGGUUAGCCUGAAAAAAGAGCAAACAGAUCUACUAACAUUUACUGUCAUUGACUAGAAAAGUGAACUUUCAUUCUUUGCCUUCCAGCAAGUAUAUGCUUUAGAAUCUUUACAUUGCAAAUUGCUGUGGGGAGUAGACCAUAGAGCAGAAAUGGGUUGCUGGAAUGGACUUGUCAUGAAUUAUUCAUUCACUAUCUAGUUCCUUGGAAAUCAGCUGGAGGAAGUAGUUAGUCCAGUUUGAUCACAGGAGUGGUAUGCCAAGGGCUCCAGCAAGCCCUUACAAGUCCAGCCUCAAGGAUGUGCUUCUGCUGUCUGCUGCUGUAGGGCGGCAGCUGCUGUGUAGACGAACCCAGGAACAUGCUGCUGGGGAGAGUUGCACUGAGGACUCCCCAAUGCAUCUUGCUGGGAAAUGAAGCUUCAGAAUGAGAAGACUUUGGGACAUUCCAUGAGUCAUUCAAGUAACAUUUCUAAGGCUGGGGGUUCUUCGUUGGCGUCGGCUCCAGUGUCCGCCUUCUCUCGCACUUCUGUCACGCCAUCCAAUCAGGACAUCUGCAGUUCCAGUGCAGUGUGUUCUGAGUGUUGUCACCAAAGUCCCGUGCAGUCUGCCGUUGUCUUGAAAGCUCCUCAAUGCCAGAGUUCUCUGACACAAGGGCUCACUGUGACAGUUAUCUGUAAAGACACAUUGUCAAAGAGAAAUUCCUGUGGUUCAGAAUGGACCCAGGCCUUGAAGCCUGCUGACAAUACCAAAGCCAGAAGAAUACUAAAGUUCUCAAAAUCCCUAAACGAUGUGGGUGAGAAGCCCCAGAACACUUCGGAAAGUUUUGACUAUGUGGAAAGAACUCGCUCCGAAGGGAAAUUGAUACUCCCUCAAGAUCCAGGUCUCAGGAUUAACAGGUUCCAUCAGAAGGAAAAAAAAGCACAGCAUCACAAACCUCUUGGCAGUUCCAAACAUUCUUGCGUUUCAUCCCUUUCUGCCAACCGUUCAGUUGCCUCAGAGGUGGAAGCUGGCAAGGGGGGCAUCCACGUCCCUCUUUUGGAAGAAAGAGCGGAUGCUGAAGCUGUGUCCAGGAGCCGGCGACUGCUCCGGUACCUGUUCUCGCUCUCGCACGGCUCGAGCGCCAGCAGCCUGCACAGGUUCCAUGAGCUGGAGGGCUGUGCUGCGCCCCUGCACACCGCCAAGUCCUCCAGCGGGCUGGCAGGGAGCAUGGGCUUCUGCUCUGAUGAAAUGGGAGACGACGAUGUCUUUGAGGACAGCGCAUCUGCAAAAUGGAAGAACAAGGUCCUGCGGGCACCCCUCUGCUCAGUGGAGAAGGACAGUGACCUGGAUUGUCCUUCUCCCCCCUCUGAAAAAUGCCCCCCCAUAUCUCCUGUAUCCACAUCAGGGGAUGCCUGCAGGAUCUGCCACUGUGAAGGGGAUGACGAGAGCCCUCUGAUCACCCCCUGCCGCUGCACAGGGAGCCUCCACUUCGUGCACCAGACCUGCCUGCAACAGUGGAUCAAGAGCUCCGACACGCGCUGCUGUGAGCUCUGCAAGUACGAGUUCAUCAUGGAGGUCAAGCUGAAGCCUUUGAGAAAAUGGGAGAAGCUGCAGAUGACGGCCAGCGAGCGCAGGAAGAUCAUGUGCUCAGUGACGUUUCAUGUCAUCGCCAUCACCUGUGUGGUCUGGUCCUUGUACGUGCUCAUCGACCGUACCACUGAGGAGAUCAAACACGGACAGGCAACAGGAAUCCUAGAAUGGCCCUUUUGGACUAAAUUGGUGGUUGUGGCCAUCGGGUUUACUGGCGGACUUCUUUUUAUGUACGUUCAGUGCAAAGUAUACAUACAAUUAUGGAAGAGACUCAAGGCUUAUAACAGAGUAAUCUAUGUUCAAAACUGUCCAGAGACCAGCAAAACGAAUAUUUUUGAAAAAUCUGCACUAACAGAGCCCAACUUUGAAAAUAAAGAUGGACCUGGAACCUGUCAUUCCGACACAAACUCUUCUUGUUGGACAGAACCUGAAGACACUGGAACCGAAAUCGUUCAUGUCUGAUUUUGUGGAGGGUGUAGUUUUCCUGGACAUCGAUGAACAGCUGAAAGAAAUUGUUUACUGCCAAUUCUGUACCUUUUUUUAUGUCCUUUAAUAGCAUAGACCAGGCAGGCGACUGUUUUUUUAAUGGCUUCUCUUUUUCUAAACCCUCCUUAGUGAAUCUCCCAGAAAGCCCUCACAUUGGCUGUGCGCGGCGGGGUCCCACUUCUGCCAGCACUUCCACGGGAAGGGAGGUCCCCGUGACACUGUGAGGGGGAGCUGGCUGGGUUCUGGCCCACGAAGCCUUGAGCAGUGAGAGAAUAAAAUGCCGGACCCUGAGAAGAGCAGGAGCCGGGUGGCACCCUGGCCUCAGCGCCCUGCCUCUCCCGGUCAGCAGCAGUCCCCCCACUGGAGCAGAAUGUGUGGGAAUGUCUAGUCAUGCCAGAUGAUUUCCUCCUCACCAAGAAGAGCCUGGGGAGUUGAUGCUGCCACUGACGUUUCUCCCGAGCAGACCGGGCAGUGGUGCUCUGUGCGUGGUGGCGAGUGAUUCACUGAGCAAACAGCACUUUACAAAAAGAGAAUCUUUAUUUUGUAGUAUGUGUGUCCAGUGGGAUUGACAUUUAAAAGAACGUCUCAUUUAGAAGCCUUCCCUUCAUGACCCUGAUUACCUAUCUCUUUUACGUUAUGAUAGAUCUAAAACCCUUUUUGCCUUAUAUAUUCUAAGAAACCUGACAUCUGCUCUGUGUCCAUAAAAGGAACUUGUGGCUAUAAAACAGGAUAAACAGGCCUGAGGCUUUUUCAUAAUGUUUCAUGAGAAUUAAUGAACACCAGAUGGCAAUUUGAGCAUAGUUCCUGUGGUUUCAGGCCUAUUAUAUGGCAAGUCUUCAUGUCACAGGCCUGCCCCAAAUAUUUUUUUUGUCAACACUGAAAAAGAAGGUUUUGUGAGAUCUAAACAAAAGGAAGGAAGUGAGUAAUUAGAACAAAACUGAAUGUUUAAAAAUGAUUCCUUUAUGGACAACCUCUCCGGUUCGUGCUGGCUUCAUACUGACGGAGUGAGCACGCACUGCCCUGGUCUGGGGCACGCACACUGCAGGCACUCCUGGGCGCCGGCCACCUUGGACAGCUUAUCCUGGGUGGCUCUGUGGAUCACUGCUCAGGGCAGAGAGACAGACGGGCUGGCUCUGGGACAAAGGCCAGGAGCGAGUAGCAAACUGCCAUGGCCCCACUGGGUCACUGCCCCCAGCCACACCUCCACCCAUUUAUCGCCUUAACUGGACUGGACAGCGAGGACCCUUUAGGGGCCCCUGGCCCUGUAAUCAGUUCGUUCUGUCAUCAGGGAUUAUCUCCUGUACCAUUUUCAUAAGACAAAACCAAAAUCACUACCAUCAAAUGGCCUUUGUCCCUUUAAAAAGUCUGCUUAAAGUUCUGUUUUUAAAAACCCGUUUCUCUGCACCAAGUAAAUAAGAGUCAUCUCCAGAAAAAUAGGCCAAGAGGGUCUGCAGUGUAACAUCAUCAUGCCCAGAAUACUUCCUCUCCAGGUGACUCUGCAUCUGCAGAGCCUCCUAUAAGGGGAAGGCUGCUUGGGCGGGGGAGGGGGUGUCCUGCCCUCAGUCCUCUGAACCUUAGGUGCCCCACCUGUCCUGUUUUGAGGAUGAAGCAAACACAAGAUGAUUCCUUUGCCUUUCAGACUGGAAGUGCUGUGGUUAGUUUUGAAAGCCAGGACGAGGCCGAAGUGUGUCUAAGCUCUGGGAAGGGCGUGUGGUAGCAGGCUUUGCCCUGCCACCUCCUCCCACCCAAAGUCUGACUCAUCAGGAUCACGGAUCCCUGUCUAAGGAUCUGCUCUGCCGUGGCCUUCCUCUGGUUGGGCAGGCACUAUCCAACCAUGGCAACCCCUGAAAAUAGGUCAGCCUACUCUCGCUCUCUCGCGGUCUCUAUCGCGCUCUCUCUCGCUCUCUUAUCUCCCAGGCCACAUCCGGUCCGCGCCUGUGUUCACUGUGCCCCAAGUGCAAUUACCCACACCCCUUCUCAGCCUGGGGACUCCAGGCAGCUACACGCUGUCCACUCAGGGGAGCUGAGUCCUGGUCGGCCCUGCCUCUACCCCUUAGAAACUGUCCAGGCAAGGCCUCUUGUCCCUGCCAUCUUCUUACAGCGAAUGAGUAGUCACGUGAAGACUGGGAUAGAAUUUUAAGUGAGAAUCCUUCCCCUCUCCCCUGAUGGAGGCCCUUAUGCUGAAGCUGAAAGUCACUGAGACUUCCUGCGGAUGGGAAAGUGUGCUUUAGGUAAGGGUAGCUGCUGGGCCGCCCACCCGUCAUGGCUGGCACCCCGUAGAGCAAAGGUGCCUUUAUAACCAUGACCGCUGUGUUGCUCCCAUGCCUGACCAGGUUGUCACGUGAAACCCUUACUUCUUUUCAGGAAGGCCUAACACCAUCUCAUCACCUCCACCAAACUCCUAAAAGCCUUCUGCCUGGGGACAGUCCAUCCCACGUCCUUCUUUCCUGUUCUGGGAUGGCACACAGAUGUCCCCUUGCCUUUCUCUUUUCUUGUAGGUUCUAGUUGAGCUCCUCUCACCCCUUUCGUAGUCCCGGCCUUAUUCCUCACCUACUGAACUGGGAAGCCAGAAGCCCUGGAAAGGUGCUGUGCUGCCAUCUAGUGGGGGAAGCAGAUCUGCCAGGUGUACCUUUAAUCCACAUCAGCUUGCCCUCUAGUUCUUUGGGGGUUAUUUAUUCCCUAGGCUCCCCGCCCCCUCCCAUUCUGCACCUGGCUUUGUGGGAGGAUGACACUUGGCUGAACCAGAAAUGUGGGAUGAGCCUGUGGGUCUCAGGGCCAGGACGGCUGAUACUUGGGGGCCAGGCAAAGGGGAGAGGGAAAUGGCUCAGGGGUGUGGCCAGCUAGCUCUGUCUGAUUUGGCCUUUGCUUCCCCAAAAGUUACAGUAUGGCUCGAGGGCUUCUGACUUUGGCCGCCAGCAAUAAUUUGGGGGUUUUUUUUGUGCCCGAGUUGAUUUUAAGAAUUCCUGGAAACUAUAAAAAGGUCUCAUCCUGCUCCAGGCCUCUAUGUCUCCUCCUUUUUCACCUCCUUCCACCGUUUUCAAUCUUAUGGGUCUAGUUUUCAACCUUGCUGGCGUGCCCUCCCUGGCUCCAGACAUGCAGGCCCCAGGCAGUGGGCCAGCGCAAGCGCAUCAGGUAGUGCCUGCACAGUUAGGGCUGCUUCUGCUACCUGGUGGGUCAGCCACACGGCUGGCGGAGGCCUGCAAACAGCAGGGCCGAGAUCCACGAUGCUGUGCAUUUGGCCUGAUGCAAAGACACUUUUUGAAUACUUUCCCUUUUAGAUCUGAUUUGAAACAUGCAGCUUCCCUCUCCAGCCCAAGGAAAGACCGAAACAUAAGGGAAGAAAAGGAUUUAUCUUUGUUUCGGAAGUAAUUAAGUUGUGCAGCUAUUUACCUAUUUAGAUGCAACGUUUAUAGAAAGCUGAUUGUUAAUAAAAACCAAAUUUACACUGGCAUGUGUGGUGUAGUUUCUAAAAGGCACUUCACAUUUGAAGAUUUUCUUAACUUGGAAACUUUCUAGUUCUCUAAAUGUCUGGUUUUGUAUCCUUUUGUGUAUGUUCACUGUUUCUCAGUAUUACCACUUGAAUAAUUCUCUGGGGGGUUGUUUCUGUUAUAUACGGGGUGUCUAAUUGCAGCAAUAAAGCAUCUCUUUAAAAAGGA